AUGUGGUUACAGAGGAACGUUAACCUCACUGAAGUUCUAUGUGGUCCCAGAGAACCAACCUACACGAAAGUCAAUGUGGUUACAGAGGAACUAACCUCACUGAAGUUCUAUGUGGUCCCAGAGGAACCAACCUACACGAAAGUCAAUGUGGUUACAGAGGAACCAACCUCACUGAAAUUCUUUGUGGUCCCAGAGGAACCAACCUACACGAAAGUCAAUGUGGUUACAGAGGAACUAACCCUCACUGAAAUUCUAUGUGGUCCCAGAGGAACCAACCUCACGGAAAUUCAAUGUGGUCCCCAGAGGAACCAACCACGAAUGUCAAUAGGAACCAACCACACGAAAGUCAAUGUGGUUACAGAGGAACUAACCUCACUGAAAUUCUAUGUGGUCCCAGAGGAACCAACCUACACGAAAGUCAAUGUGGUUUACAGAGGAACCUCCUCACUGAAAUUCUAUGUGGUCCCAGAGGAACCAACCUCCCAAUGUGGUUACAGAGGAACUAUCCUGAAAUUGGUGGUCCCAGAUGUCCCGAAUGUCUAUGUGGUUACAGAGGAACUAACCUCACUGAAGUUCUAUGGUCCCAGAGGAACCAACCUACACGAAAGUCAAUGUGGUUACAGAGGAACUAACCUCACUGAAGUUCUAUGUGGUCCCAGAGGAACCAACCUACACGAAAGUCAAUGUCAUACAGAGGAACCAACCUCACUGGUUGUGGUCCCAGAGGAACCAACCACACGAAAGUCACUGAGAGAAGAUCCAACCUCACUGAAAUUCUAUAGGAACCAACCACACGAAAGUCAAUGUGCUUACAGAGGAACUAACCUCACUGAAGUUCUAUGUGGUCCCAGAGGAACCAACCUACACGAAAGUCAAUGUGGUUACAGAGGAACUAACCUCACUGAAAUUCUAUGUGGUCCCAGAGGAACCAACCUCCCCGAAUGUCAAUGUGGUUACAGAGAACUAACCUCACUGAAAUUCUAUGUGGUCCCAGAGGAACCAACCUACACUGAAAGUCAAUGUGGUUACAGAGGAACCAACCUCACAAAAUUCUAUGUGGUCCCAGAGGAACCAACCUCCACGAAUGUCAAUGUGGUUUCAGAGGAACUAACCUCACUGAAUUUAUGUGGUUACAGAGGAACCAACCUGAAGGAACCAACCUACACGAAAGUCAAUGUGGUUACAGAGGAACUAACCUCACUGAAGUUCUAUGUGGUCCCAGAGGAACCAACCUCCACGAAAGUCAAUGUGGUUACAGAGGAACUAACCUCACUGAAAUUCUAUGUGGUCCCAGAGGAACCAACCUCCCCGAAUGUCAAUGUGCUUACAGAGGAACUAACCUCACUGAAGUUCUAUGUGGUCCCAGAGGAACCAACCUACACGAAAGUCAAUGUGGUUACAGAGGAACUAACCUCACUGAAGUUCUAUGUGGUCCCAGAGGAACCAACCUACACGAAAGUCAAUGUGGUUUACAGAGAACUAACCUCACUGAAAUUCUAUGUGGUCCCAGAGGAACCAACCUCCCGAAAGUCAAUGUGGUUACAGAGGAACCAACCUCACUGA